AUGCGACACAAGGCACUGGAUGAAGUCCUCCCGCUCCCGGUGUCCAGACUUGAUAAUUUCGUGCCACAGGGAAGUACAUUGAGUUCUUUUAUUGCCAGCUGGAUUUACCCAGCCCAGUUUCCUGGCGAAUAUUGGCUGGGUUACGAGCUGGGCUAUGGUGCGGGGCGGGGGAGGGGGGCUGAUGCUGAAGCUACUGGGGAUGUAUUAAGAGGUUGUUCUGGUCUUCGUGAAGGUCCUCGCCUCCUCCAAGAACCUCCUCCUCUCAUGUCAUUCCCCAACACACGGGGGACCUCCCUCACCUGCUCGGCCACGGCCUCACCCCAGCCCACUAUCUCGUGGAUGACUGCUGACGGGGCGCGGGCCGAGCCAGUGGGCGGACUGCGGGCGGUGACAGGCAGCCAGGGGAACUCCACUCUCACCUUGCUCGCCUUCCAGCCUGACCAGUACCGCCAUGACCUCCACGCCGCCACCUACAGGUGCCUGGUGAGCAACAGCGUGGGCACCGUCACCUCUAGGCCCGUCUCUGUGAACGCUGUGGUGAUGCAGAGAUUCGAGGUGGGCGUGAGUGAUGCUGCGGGCGUGGUGGGCGGGCCAGCCGUGUUUACCUGUGACGUGCCGCCCACCGUCUCCCGACACGUUUCCGUCACCUCCUGGACCAUCGACGGCCGCACCCUCGCCCCGACGUCACACCCAGACGGUCGCCACUGGGUGCUGCCGACGGGGGAGCUGGUGGUGCAUGGUAUCACCCCUACAGACGCCUACACCCGCGUCUCCUGCACCGCUGCUCACGCCUUCGACCCCUCCCCCAGAUCUUCCAACGUCGCCAGGGUCAUCGUCACAGGUGAACCCAUGCUCAGUCGUCCACAGCUCCUACUACGACGUGACAAAAUACGACCAUGGACCCGGGACGACCUAUUGCUACCCUGCGUCGCUCGGGGGCAUCCCACCCCCUCCGUCACGUGGUACCACGAGGAUGAGGCCCGCGGGCGUGUGGACGUGGGCAACAGCGGGCGUGUACAGGUGGUGGAGGGUCAGUUAGUCAUCUCUGCCGCCCGCCAGGACGACUCCGGCCACUACUUAUGUGUCGCUAACAACUCCGCCGGCACCGACUCCUACAGAGUAAACAUACAAGUUCGAGAACGUUUGAGUGCCUCGGUGGAGCCAAGCCUGCAGCGGGUUGACCUGGGCCGCCCUACUCGCCUCUCCUGUCGGGUCUCCGGCUCACCUGUCAACUCCGUCACCUGGUACAAGGACGGGCGGCCCCUCCCUCCCCUCCCCCGCGUCACUACCUACGACAAGACCCUUCAUAUUGGACAGGUGUCUCGUGAAGACGGGGGGAUGUAUCAGUGUCUCGCGAGGAACGACGAAGACUCUGCUCAAGCUGCGGCGCAAGUUGACCUGGGCGUCUCCAUGGCCAGUCGUGAGGAUCAGUUUCAGUCCUAUCAGGUUAAUCCUCCCGACGAAGAAUGUGUUUGCCGCUGUAUGGGACGCAAGGGUCAUCCGCCGCCUCCACUUGCCGCUGCUCGACUCGCUUCACCGUCUGGGCGUCACUUAACUCAGGGUGAUGUGGUUGACAGUGGCUGUGGUUAG